AGGCCGCCACCCUGCAGGCCACACAGACGGCCAUUGAGCCAGCAGCAGCAGCCAGAGCUAUGGACGACAACGUAGAGGACUGCCCUGUGUGCCUCAACACCUUUGACGACACCCACAGGCGGCCACGCAACCUGCCGUGUGGGCAUACACUUUGCACGCCGUGCAUUAAUGAACUGAAGGAGCAGGGUGCCGUCACGUGCCCCACGUGCAGGGUGAGUCACGCCCUGCCUGAGGCCGGCCAGUUCCCUAUCUCCUAUAUCACAGAGGCCUUUAUCAGGAAGAUGAGAGGUGCAGGACUGGCCUGUGUGGCACCCAAGCCAGAAAAGCAGCUGACAGCUCCGGCAGCAGUGACACAGCCUGCACCAAGGGCCACAGCGGGACUCAGCAAGAGGACACGGUCCCUGCUGCAGGAGCAAGAGGCAAAGGUCCUGGCCGCCAUCCGCUCCUGCCAGGAGGAGCAGAGCCAGCUGGCAGACUACCGGACAACCCUGGGUGGGUGGUGUGGCCGCCAGCAGCAGCUGGAGGACGACCUCCAGACGCUGGUGGACCAGAGCAAGGGUGCCCGGGAGGCGAUAAGCCGCGAGGACUCCCGCGUGGAGGGCAGGCAGGAGAAGGUGCGGCAGAGAGAGGAGGCUUUGCACGCCAUGCUGCAGGAGCUGCGCACUCCAUCAACACGACAGGAAGCUUACGAGGUGAUUGAGGAUGCAGACUAUCUGCUGGAGGAGGAGGAGGAGGAGGAGGAGAGGGCGGCAGUGUUUCCUGACGUCCACGUGGUCACCACCGUCACCAGGGUCCUGCACUACAUAGUACGUGGUGCACGGUUCAAUUACAAUACAUUGUUUGUAGUCCAGCACACGUUGCAAAGUCAUCCUGUUCAGCCCUGCAGGCCGCCACCCUGCAGGCCACACAGACGGCCAUUGAGCCAGCAGGCUCUACUGCUGCUGCUGCUGCUGCUGCAGGUGACUCCAGCCUCGGAGUCACCUGCCGCAGCCUCCUCCAUCGCGGACAGGCUGGCGGCCCUGCUGGAACCGAGUCUGACGGCGGAGGAGCUGCUGAGGCUGACGCAGCGUGCCAGGGGCCUGGUGGAGGCCGGCCGUGUCUUGGCCGUCCAGGACGUGGAGGGACAAACUCGGCACGCCAGAAUCAGCCUGGAACACGGCCGCCUGCACCUCCACUCCCUGCAGGCCACGCCCCCGCCCCCCCACGCCCUCACCCUGCAGAUGGGCGAGGUGGUGCCGGCCGCCCCGCCCUGCGAGGUGUUCCUGGACCUGGCGUGGCCCGGCAGUGCGGCGCGGCGGGUGGUGGUGAGUCUACCCAGGACACCCCAGGGGCCGGCAGUUUGUGUUGCUGUGCUCGGGGCAGCGGGGCGCCUGCUACGCCAACACCUCCUUGUUUAUGGUGUGGGGUGA